CGAAUACAUACGUCAGCAGAUAAGACGUGCUCAGUCGCACGAGUGGGACUGAAAAAUGUAUACUCAAGAGGAAAAACUGGAGAAGAAGUAGGGAAAAAUGUAAUCCAUUGCAGGUUUUGCAAGAACUUUGAGAAACCCCAAAAGAGAAAGGUGCCAGUGCCAGUGCCAGUAACAAUAACAGUGCCAGCCGGAAGCCCCGAACAAAGGCAACCCACUUACAACACGAGUAAGUGGAACCUAGUCGAAGCAGCAGCAGCAACCCCCAAAACGGACAAAAGGAACAACCCCCCAAAACCCCAACUCCAACUACAACCGCUAUAUGAUUAUCGUGCUGUUGUUGCUGUUCCAAUCGCUCUGCCUCUACUGCCAACGUCUGGUGCUGCACAUCCACGAUCGAUGUUUCCCCCGCAACGUACGCCUCUUGCAGGAGGUGGCCGAAACGGUCGGCGAUCGUAAAGCCCAACAGCAUCUGGAGCAGCAGGAGCUGGAGCAGACCAAGCGCCGCCAGAAGCGCCGCAUCCUCGAGCCCAUCCUCCCCCUUGGAGCUGGCGUUAACUCCGAAGCCUGUCGCUUCUGUGCCCAUAGCCCACAGGGCUACUGCCGUCAUCACUUCCACCUGCAGGAGCUGCAGCUCCACCAGCAGCGGAACUCGUCCCGAAUUGGCGGCGACCAGGACUACAAGCAGCUGCGUCGCAUCAAGCGCGAGCUAAAGCGGAGUCUGGGACAAAGGCAGCCACAGCUGAGGAGCUAUCGACCACUGCUGUCCGGCAGUCCCAGCUGCAGCUCCCUAAGCAGUGGCUACGGUUCGAUCAGCACCUGCAGUACCUACGCCGACGAGGAGGAGGAGGCGGAGGAGGAGGAGCAACACGACGAGUCAGUCGAAGUGCCAGGUAACCUGGUAACUACUCACUUGUAGCCCUCUCCAGCAGAUCUUGGGAAA